CCCAUAUGCAAACACAAAACUAAGAGAACUCGCUGAAUAUACUGCAUACUGUAGAACUACUACACCUAGAUUAGCAGCAUCGUUGUAAGAUAUCCAGUUGGCUUGGACAAAACUUGGUUCCUGAUGCGGAGAGGAGGCAACCAGUACCGGGUAGGUGCACCCGGGGACUUCGCCGAGGAAGCCUUGCAGGAGGCCCUACUUGCUCUGGGAGCAGCAAACAGCCUUUCUGAAGCGGAAGUUGCAAUACGGGAGACCUAUGGCUGCUGUUUCACCGAUGUGACGGACCUAAUCCUAUACUUAUUGAGCAACAGAACAGGGCUUCUGGCAAGCAUAGAUGGACUAGCGGGGGCCUGUCAUAAUGUUCCCAAGACGGGUAUUACGGGGGUAUGUCUGGAUCAGAGGCAGGGGGAUAUUCUACACACCUUGGCUGAAGAUGAUCCUGUAUGUGGCCUCCUACAGGGGGCCAGCCUACCCCUCUCUGAGAACAAAAGAGUGGUUUGCAGUACGGUAACAGAGCGAGAAGGGGACACAGUGAUUUGUCUAGCUGUGGUAAGUCUAAUGUUUUCAUCAUUUCUUCAGGGUUGGGUACACACUCUCACCAAAUCGUCAAUGCCGAUGAUCCUAUAACAUUUUACUUACAAUAGGGGCUUUCACAUCAGCCUCAAACUUCUAUAUUUUCUGGGGGCUCAUUUUUUUAAUGAAAAAAAAAAUUCUUUAGAAGGGACACAUGUGCCGUAAAGAUGGAUAAUGGGCUACUUGGAAGGGCUUCCGGGGCAUUUUUGUCAGCUUGGCGAUGUAUCGCCUCAAACGGUUUUGUGCUACAUGCUACAUUACAUUAAAAUACCUGGGACUUAAGUUGAGUCUUGUGAGUGUUCGACCACAAUUUUUUUCUUUCUUCAAACUGUUAGUCUGAAAUCUGAUUUAUUUAUUUAUUUUGAAUUGGAGAGUGUGAAAACAUGUAGGGAAACUAACAUUACUUAACAUUUUGCUAGAAUUUGAUAAGAGCAACAC